AUGGCCGCCGAUCGGCCCCAGCCUGCGGUAGCGGAGCUCCCGGGGCUCCCUGCAGCCCGUUUUAAGGGUACAAUCUCCUGGGGGCGCUCCGCCCGCCGCAAGUCCUGGCUGGUGCCCACGCAGUACGUCCUGGGGCUCUUCAUGAUCUACAUGUCCACCCAGGUGGACAUGCUGCUGGGCGACGGGGAGGGCCGGGGCCCCGACGUGGUGGCCCUCACUGUGACUUUCUUCCUCUUCGAGUUCCUGGCGGCGACGCAGGACAUUGCGGUGGACGGCUGGGCCCUGACCAUGUUGUCCAGGGAGAAUGUGGGCUACGCCUCCACCUGCAACUCCGUGGGCCAGACGGCUGGCUACUUCCUGGGCAAUGUCCUCUUCCUCGCCCUGGAGUCGGCCUCCUUCUGCAACAAGUACCUGCGGUUCCAGCCCCAGCCCCAAGGGAUUGUUACCCUCUCAGAUUUCCUGUUUUUCUGGGGAGCUGUCUUUUUAAUUACCACUACACUGGUUGCCCUUUUGAAAAAGGAAAACAAGGAACUAACACCAACAAAAGAAGAAACAAAAGGCAUCACUGACACAUACAAGCUGCUAUUCUCAAUAAUCAAGAUGCCGGCAGUUCUUACUUUCUGUCUCUUGAUUCUCACAGCAAAAGUUGGAUUUUCAGCAGCAGAUGCCGUAACAGGACUCAAACUGGUGGAAGAGGGCGUCCCAAAAGAGCACCUAGCUCUGCUAGCAGUUCCCAUGGUUCCUUUACAGAUAAUAUUGCCUCUGAUUAUCAGCAAAUACACAGCAGGCCCCCAGCCACUGAACACAUUUUACAAAGCUAUGCCUUUUAGAUUACUGCUUGGUCUGGAAUUUGCUUUUUUGGUAUGGUGGACUCCUAAAGUAAAACAUGAAGGAGGAUUUCCUGUCUACUACUAUGUUGUAGUAUUGCUGAGUUAUGCUUUACAUCAGAUCACGCUGUAUAGCAUGUAUGUUGCAAUAAUGGCUUUCAACGCCAAAGUCAGUGACCCGCUGAUUGGAGGAACCUACAUGACGCUCCUAAAUACUGUGUCAAAUCUGGGAGGGAACUGGCCUUCUACCGUGGCACUCUGGCUUGUGGACCACUGUGCAGGGGCCCAGGAACAGACCUGUGGAACUACAGUUGCUGCAGAACUCUGCGCAAAAGCUGGUGGUUCCUGUGUUACUACCUUGGAUGGUUACUAUGUGGAAUCUGUUAUCUGUGUCAUUCUGGGAUUUGGCUGGUGGUUCCUACUUGGGCCAAAAUUUAAAAAGCUGCAGGACGAAGGACAGUCUUCGUGGAAGUGCAAGAGGACCAAGUGAUGCAGUUUAAAUACUGGAUGGACUAGCAAGGUCAUUUACGUUUUAUUACAAAGACAUAUCCCAUAAUCAAUAAACAGGAAUAUAGGUAUUUUUAAAUGCCAUGUUACUGAAAAAAUGGGCGGCUGAGACAGUGGUAUGUUUGUAUGUGGUACCACUUGCCCUCGCAAUAUGAAAAUGUAAGUUCAGAAAGUAAUUGUUAAAAAGUGGCACCUAUGUACUACAUACAUAUCUCCGAGCUCUAGCUUCAGAGUCAUGGCUGCCGGUGUAACCAAUAUCCAAAUUUCCAUAUAGAACUAUGGAAAAGCUAAUUGUGCCAUGUCUGUCUAAACAGCAGCAUUGUCAGCUAAGUUCCAACUCUUUAUUUUCAAACAGAAGUGAUCUGACACAGGGAGAUGACCCGAGGAAGGAUGUCAAAGGCAUUUUAACUUGUAGGUUGAGUGUGUUGUACCACAACAUUCCUUGUCAGAAGAUAAAUGUGAAAAGUCUGUGGGCUUUGUUUCUUCUCGCUUUCUGAACUGUAACCACACCUCAAAGGACGAAAUACUUCAGAGAUUCUUUUAAAUGUAUUUUCUGGCUUUUAUAAGCUUUAAAGAUUUAUAAGAAGAUAUUUUUAUAAACAAAUUACAUUUGUUUAAUUUAUUUCCACUGUUUCAAAGCAUUUUGAUUUACAUUCAAGGUACUUUCUUGAUGAAAAAUUGCUGUAAGGUAGGACUUAAGAGUAACGCACAAUACUCUCAGCCUUGAGUCCUGAAGAUGUAAACUGGACAGUGCAGCAGCUGGCACGCAAAGUCAGGUUUCAGAAGGAGAGGGCAUGCAGGCCUUCGGAAGGUGGUUGUUAUUUUGAGGGAAUGAAUUGAUAGCGUUGGUUCCUCUAUGCCACUAAAAUUCAAACAUUCAAUUUCAAAAUCGGUGGAAAAAAUGUGACUGUUCCCAGCUAGGGGUAAGAAAAGAUGAUCAGUGCCUUUGAAAGUGAUUUGGUGACAAACUUGCCAAAUUCCCAGUGAGUUGGUAUACGACUUGCUGUCACAUAAAUCAAACAGGCUGAAUCCUGUGGUAGAGUUGCUAUGGAAAUUUAUUACUGAUGCUGUGUAGUGGAAGCAUUCCUGUUCCAUUUAUCAAAAAUUACUUCCCUCCUGAGUGCCUUAGUGAUGUACAGCAAGCAUACUGUACGCCUAGAGAGAGGGCACUUGGACACUGGUGGAUGUAAAUGGUACAUCAUCAUUAAAAAAAACCUAUUAAAAAUACCUUUGAAAGGUACAUGAUUUUCUUUUCCAUUUGGUGUUUCUUGCCUUGUCAAUAUUGGAAGUAUUGCAUCCCAAAGCUUUGUGUUCCAAACUCCUGGAAGGGGUUGUGGAUAUUUUGUUACUGUAUGUUUCAGGAAAACAGUAAAUGAAUACCAACUUCUGACUGACGGAGGGGAUGUGGGUGCGUACAAAGCGCCUGCAUGACAUAAGGGGUAAGGAGAUGGCCAGAAGAGGACAGUGUGACCAAGUGCUUCCUCGGGCAGCCUGUCCCUCUGUCACCCUUGAGGGUGGUUGGGGGAAAGCCAAACCUGGAGCUGUAGGGCUCCCUUGGCUGUGAUCUGCAGUCCAGCAACAGCACAUCCUCACCAUUUGUUUCAAGUACAGCAAAAUCAAUCAAGCAAAAUAAAAUCACAUUGGUUUUACUCACCAAACUAAAAGUCUUCCAAUUUCACCUUUGCAUAAGCACAAAAAGAAUAUAUCAGAGAUUUGUAGUCAAAGGUGAGUGCAUCUUCCAGUCCUAGCCCCACUGGAUCAAUGAUGUAUGAGGUACUUCAGGUCUGUAUCUUUACUGGAACAGUCGGCCGCUUACUUUAAUUACAUCUUUUCCAUACGUAGGGGUGGUUUUUUUUUUACUUUUCUGACUUUGAGGAAAAACUUCUCAAGUGCAAAAUAUGGGAAAUUAAAUUCAUAGGUGUUUUAGAGUUGGCUUUUACUUUGCAAUUUUGUUUCACUAUUUCUGAAGGUGCCAAUGAAACUUAUUAAUAUAGAUGGGUUGAGAAUUGCUUAAUUGGUACAUUAGCUAAACUUGGCAACAUCAACAUUAAGCAUAAACUCCAAUUCAAUAGUAAUAGAUGAAAUGUGACCUAAAUUAAAUGACUGUUUCCUCUUUCAAACUGGAAGAACAACUGAUGGAUUGGGUUAUUAAUCUAUCAGUGUUGCUACUUUGUACCACGAGUCAGAGGUGUUACUGCUAUACCCGCUGAUGAGCAGGGUGCUGAAAUGAACCAGUAAACUUUUGGUCUUGAUACUUUUUUUUCUCCCAACCCUAUUUUAAAGUGAAAUAAUUAAUGUUUCUGAAAGAAUUA